AUGGAACAAACAACUUUUACUACAGAAAAUCGUGUAUUACCAUGUUAUUACAUCUCUCAUGGUGGUCCACCAUUGGUGUUAAAUCAUGAUGAUAAAGCCUAUAACUUUCUGAAAAGUUGGGGAGAAAAGAUUUUAAAUGAGAUAAAACCAAAAGCAAUUGUUGUAAUUUCGGCUCAUUGGGAAACUGAUGAUACAAUCAAAGUUGGUAGUUUUGAUAAUACAACACCCAUUAUUUAUGAUUACUAUGGAUUUCCUGAUAAAAUGUACAAACUAAAAUAUCAUUCCAAAGGCUCUCCAGAAUUAGCCAAGAAAAUUGUGGAUUUAUUAAAUGAGUCCAAAAUCAAAUCAGAAAUUGAAAAUAAACGUGGUUUGGAUCAUGGAUGUUGGAUUCCAUUAAAAAUUGCAAUACCAGAUCCUAAAGAUUUACCAAUUAUACAAGUUUCUUUGAAACGUCAUGCUUCAUACGAUUUUCACAUUAAAGUUGGUAAAGCUUUGGCAUCUUUAAGUUUGGCUCCUUAUUCUCAACCAUUUGAAAAAGACGUUGAUUCUUAUGUUACGAAUUUUGUUGGUAAUGAACGUGAACAAAAAUUAAUCAAAGAUUUAUCAUCUCAUCCUCUGUUAAGAAAAGCUCAUCCAACCGAUGAUCAUCUAGUUCCGUUACAUUGUGCAGUUGGUUCUGCUGGUUCUGACCCCGGUAGGAAAAUAUAUGAAGAAUUAAUAAGCUCUUUAAGCAUGGGUGUUUAUGAAUUUGCCAAGAAUUAA